GGGAGGGUGUGCUGGCUUGUGUCAUGCGGGCAGCCCGGAGGAGCGGCAGACGCUCGGUGCUUCAGCUCCAUCAUGGCUCUCAACAUCCCCGGGGUGACCGUGAUGAUGUUCUUCUACCUGCUGGUGCUCGGCAUCGGCAUCUGGGCCUCCGUCAAGUCCAAGCGGGAGGCCAAGAUGAUCCAGGGCGAUAAGACGGAGAUGGCGCUGCUGGGCAACCGGGGCAUCAACCUGGUGGUCGGCAUCUUCACCAUGACAGCUACAUGGGUUGGAGGAGGAUUCAUCGUGGGCACAUCGGAGGCGGUGUACAACCCCUCCAUGGGCCUGAUCUGGGCCGUGAUGCCGGUGGCCGCGACCAUGUGCUUCAUCAUCGGUGGUCUGUUCUUCGCCGAGCCAAUGAGAAACAACAAAUAUGUGACCAUGAUGGAUCCUUUCCAGAUCAAAUAUGGGAAAGUGCCGACGGCUGCUCUCUCGAUGGCCUCACUCAUAUCGGAGAUCAUGUGGGUGACUGGAACCCUCAUAGGAUUAGGUGUAACCAUGAGUGUGAUCUUGGAUCUCUCCUACACCGUCAGCAUAUGGAUCUCUGCUGCUGUGGCCAUCACCUACACUCUGAUGGGAGGUCUCUACUCUGUGGCCUACACUGACAUCAUCCAGCUCAUCCUCAUCUUCAUCAGUCUGUGGCUGUGUGUCCCUUUCGCGAUGAUUAACCCGGCUGUGACGGACAUCACGGAGACGGCCUACAACUUCACCUUCCAGACUCCGUGGGUCGGGACUCUGGAGGCGGACAGAGCCUGGAGGUGGAUCGAUAACUUUCUUCUGCUGGGUUUGGGAAACUUGGGUCUCCAGAACUUCCACCAGAGGACGCUGUCGGCCGCCUCCUCAUCUACGGCCAAGAUCACCUGCUUCGCUGCCGCGAUCAUCGUCCCCACGUUAGGGAUCCCGCCCAUUAUCCUCGGAGCUGUGGCUGCAUCAACAAACUGGAACAUGACGUCUUAUGGAUCACCGUCUCCGUUUGAGCGCGGGGAGACGGGACUCAUCCUGCCCCUCGUCCUGCAGCACCUCACCCCCACCUACAUCUCCAUCAUCGGCAUCGGGGCGGUGGCCGCCGCCGUGAUGUCCUCCACCGACUCGGCUCUGCUGUCUGCAGCUUCCAUCUUCACCUCCAACAUUUAUAGAAACAUCCUGAGGACACAGGCGUCAGACCGGGAGAUCGGGUGGGUGAUCCGGAUCUCGGUGGUGGUGGUGGGCCUGGCCGGCACCUCGCUCACCUUCCUGGACAACAGCGUCCUGAUGAUCUGGCUGCUUCGCUCCGACCUCACCUACACGCUCAUGCUGCCGCAGCUCGUCUGCGUCCUCUUCUUCCCCAUCUCUAAUGGCUACGGGGCCGUUCUGGGCUGCGUGACGGGCAUGUUGUUGCGGGUGUUGUGCGGAGAGCCGCUGCUUGGGAUUCCGGCCAUUAUCAAAUUCCCAGGAUGCACUCUGGUAAACGGCGUCUACGUCCAGCAGUCCCCGAUCCGAACCAUCUGCAUGCUGACGGCUUUGGUGUCCAUCUUGCUGUUUUCCUACCUGACGUCCCUGCUCUUUAACCGCGGACUGAUUCCUGAGAAGUGGGACUUUUUUGAUGUAAAGAAUCAGUACGCAAUACAAACACCAGGUGUCGUCAGCUCAGAAACCAAGGACUCGAACCUGCAGGAGCAAAACGAGAACAACGAGGCGUGUGAACCGAUGUUAGAAUCAACGUGUUAAGUGAGAAAUCGCAUUUUCUUCUGUUUGAACUGGUUAAAGAACAAAUGUUUGUAUUUUAUAUUUUACUUUUAUAUGAAAAAGAAAAACACGACAUCUAUGCUCUUCGUUGUAAGAGCUCAGAAUGUUCUCUGCAAUUUUAUGCAGCAGUGAUACUUUCAAGCAUCGGAGGAUUAUACGACAUUAGACCCCUGAGCACAGACAAGUAGAAGACACCGCCCCAAAAUAAUCCUUGUACUCGUCUCACGUCUUUUGAUCAAGUUACUAAAACGACUGGUUAAAGAAUUACAGCUGCUGGAAACUGCAGCUGAACUUCAGCUUAACUUAUUAUACACAUUUGUACAGAACAACUCAAUAUAUUAAGAGAAAAAUCAGGAAAACUCCAAAGCACUUUCCUUUAAACUGCCACUGUCAAAUUAAACCCAAAAUCAGAUGUGUUUCGCCAUAAAAGUCGCCCCCCCCCCCCAACAAAAUGAAGAAUGUUUAUUCAACAGUUUAUUUAAAUCGUAAAUGUUGGUGCAACUACAGCAGACAUGAAGGUCAUUUGGAUGAAAUCUCAGAGGUAGACGACGUGAGUUUAUAAAACACACAAGCUGAUGCAUCUGUAGAGAACUUUACAAUCCAUGUCACUGUCUCUUUAAUAGGGCGGGCUGCUGAUUGGUCAACACCUGUGACGUCAGGAAACAUGUCAUUUAUCAUGGAAACCGUAGCAAAACGCUGAGAAACAUUUUUAUGUGCAGAUCGGAUUACGACCGCGGCUCAUAGCGGUGAUUGACCAAUAGGAAUGUCUCACUUGAACAUGUGGUCAAGAGAAUGUAAACAACGAUGUUAAACAUACAUUACGUAGAAACUACCGGAUGGAUUUCCACGAACCUUAGUGGAAGGAUGUGGUAAAGGUCAGGAAAGAACCCAUUAAAUUUUGGCGCAGAUCCAUUUGUUUAAUCUCUUUCUUCAACAUUGGGAGACAGGACAUUUUUAUUGCCCAGAGAAUAAUUCAUGGAUCUUGAUGAAAAACAUCUGGCUUCUAUGAGUGUGUGUGUAGCUUGGUGCAGCUGGAUUGAAUUAAAGGGACUGCAGGCGGAUGUAUGGGCUCUUCUGAGUCACGUUCCAGUUUAAAAGGAGAGUGCCUCGGAGGUUUCUCAGAUUCUUCAUGUCUCCCGUCCUGAGAGCAAAGAGUUCAGGAAGCUCCGAAUCAAACAAUUUGUAUUUGUACAAAACAUCAACUGAAUGUAAACCAGUAUUAGACGCUAUGUGGUGAAUAUUAUCCUCGUUAAAAAUUAGUUUCUCUGCUGUCAGUCGUAUUCAAAUUGCUUUGAACACUGUAGUCUACAGUCAUUGUGGCAAAAUACAUUCAAAUAUCAGAUCAAACUUCAUUUUCAGAUAUAAAUAAUGAGACCAUGAGACGUUCCUCCAGUUCUGCGACUCUGGCUUAGGGGCACCUGUCCCGGGGAUGCUCAUGUGAUAAUCCAUCCGUGCUCUGGAAGUAAUUUUAUCCUUGAAUGCUCGCCAUUCAUCUUUUACUCUACGUCCUGGUUUUACUGCUGCUCAAGAACAGCAGCCAAGGACAGUGAGGUCUCGUUGAUGUGGAAAACGAGGCGCCACCAGAGGUUUGGUUUAAACUGCCACCGACACGCUAUGACAAACUGCCAAAUGCAUCGAUUCAGAGAAAGGCCAGCUGGAAGUCUUUAACAACCCAGUGACCGACUCCUUUUAAGACCGACUGAUUAAAUGUUGCUGUAACUCAGGGCAGAGUAAAACCGAUUAUAUGGAACCAAAGAGGCUUUAGUGGCCAGAACUCCUGAAUAUAAUCUGUUAAUUUAGAAUAAACCUCCUGUCGAUCACACACACAGUCAUGGUUUAUGGUCUUGAAGGGUUAUUUCAGCUUUCUUGGUGAGCUGUUUGUGUGUUUUCUGUUGUGUUAUUGAGGAUUUAAAUUCAGAUUGAAACGCUUUCUCCACUUAAAGCUUAUAAAUAUUCUCUAUACAAUGAAGAAUCACACACUAAUGAUUGUCAAUAAUUUAAAGAAGGAGUUUCUGGUAUUGAUCAAACUAAAUUGAAUGUUUCAAGAGCCGAGAACAAAAUCAGGAUCAAUAUCAAGAGAAAAGGUUUUUUUACAUAAUUGGGUUGUUUACUAGAAUGUACUUAAAUGCUGUAAAUGUUCAAUACUAAUUAUUAUUCUCGUAGCGUUCACUGCUGUAAUGUCUCAUCAUGUCCCGUCUCCCCAAAAUAAGAAUCUGCUCUAAUCAUAAAGGUAAAUAAAGAUGGAUGAUGUGACAGUUUCCCCAAAAGGGAAAGUGAAAGUCCAUCCACUAAAAAAACCUGGGAAGUAAACAAAACCUGAAAUUCCCCUUCAAGCACCUGGACUAUGUUUGAGGUGUGAUGAUGAUGCUGCUUUUUCUUCCUCUGACAUAACUAAUAUUAAUGUUUUAGAUUAUUGAAUGGGUUUGAAAAAGGACAGUUUAUAAAAAUUCAAACCUGCAUGGCUUCGUGGUCAAACCAGUCCUAGUAAUACGUCUUUAAUUUGCUGUGAGUCCACAGGCUUGAACUUGACUUCAUGUGUCCUGUGAGCUGAUAACAGCCCUGUGCUUGGUAAUUAACCCGGGGACCGGUUGGCAUGUGGAGCGGUGGCAGAUGCCUUUCCCUCCCUGAGUCAGUCUCAUUCACGUAACAGUCUGUCAGCGUGGUAUCGGACGAGGUGUCAUCUCGCUCCCAGCCGCCUGUGAGCCAACAGCUCGGCUGGAGCAACUGUCCCACAGGACGCAGCAACACACACCCAAAUAGAGUCCUGCUAAAAUAAGACUGACGCUGAAGGACGCUGCUCCGGCUGCUCUCUAACCCCCCCCCCCACUGCUACGGUUAAAGAUACACUAUGAGACUUUUACUGAGCUGCAGCGCCCCCUGCAGCCACACAUGGCAUUGGGCUCUGUGUCCGAGCCGUAAAAGGGUUUCCUGCCUUCAGAUACUAAAAUAGAUGCGUUCUUUUCAAACAUGCUCUGGUGGUUAUUAAGUAAAUAGCCAUGAGAGGGCAGCACAGAGUCAAACCACGGCGGAGGAGGUUUAGAUGGUGUUCGUCUUAAGAAAGAGACAAAAGAGGCCAGAUUGUAACGGAACUAGUUAAACUUACCAACUCGCCAACUUGGUUAGCUUUCAGAAGACGUGAACAAAUACGGACGAAAUGAACUUAGAGAACCGACAGAAAGUUCCGUCUGAUCUGUUUUUGUUUCUAACGCUGAGCAUGAAUGAGCCUUAAGUGCAAGGCCAUAGUCAUGACGUGAACAUUUGGAGGGACCAAAAUCUCACAACUCAUCGAUGAAUUUUUAUGUAUUUUGUUAUUUAAAACAAUGUUUAAUACUGAAACGGAAAACGGUCUUAUGCAACUAGCGAAAAGAAUCCAUGGAAACAGAUAAAGUUGAUGACUUCCAAGAUUUCUGAGGGUUGAUUUCCGUCCGUAGCGAUCGCGACGAGCAGCAAACAUAUGCUGGACCACUUGUGUUUGAAUGUCUGUGUAUGUUUCAAAGAGAAAAGCAAUGUCACAAGCAACACUCAUUAAAAUAUGAUAUAUCCAA